UUCACAGAUUUGAUGCCGAUAGGAUAUACAAAACCUAUAUUUGUGGUCUAAAAGUGAUAUUUGGUUGUGAUUAUCAAUAUAAAAUCAUAAUCUUUACCAUAUUCCUUUCAACGAACCAAAUGCAUGCGUGAUUACACAUAGACCUUUCAACUGAUAACGGAUAUCGGGUUCCUAAUCAUUUUGCCGUCAACAUACAUAUGUAUGUACAUAGUUGAUGUUUAUCAACAAACGCCUUAGUUCCUUAUUGCAUUUGAUAUAAAAAAUUAUACCUUGACAUCUUCCGAGAAAGCAACAUAAUGGAAGAUAUAAAUGCCAAGCAUUGGUCUUAUGAUGUUCUCAAAGAAAUAGCGCUGCAUGAACCAUGGACGCCAGAUUCCAUCAACGAGGUAAAAUCUAUGUUUAUAAACGACAUUGGUUCCCCACGUCGCUACGAAUGUAUACGUACCAUGGGUGAUCUAAUAGACUGUUUAGAGCGUCGAGAUGUAAUUUCCGAAGAAAAGGUUGAGCCCCUGCAUCUUUUAGGCAGUAAGAAACUCGACGAGGCAAUCCAAACUUACAGCCCUGCGCCAAGCGCGCUCAAGGCAGAAGGCACCAAUCAAUACCAUGAUUUACAUAUUGCAGAUGAAUUGUCACAUAAACUAUCUAUAAACGGUCAAACCACAGCAACGAUGAACGCAAAUAUUUGUCGGGAUAACUCGCGACGUCCAGCUUCAGUUCAAACAUCCGUCUGCCCUAACUCAAGUACCAAAAGUUUUCCCAUUUCAAACAAUUAUCCAUUUGUGGUAACUGAACAGAAACGUGCCGCAAUCUAUAAGAUGCUUUCGCAACACUUAGGUACCCACUGGCGUAUAUUCGGCCGCGAAUUAGGAAUACGUGAAGGCACAAUGGACGAAAUCGAAUUGCAAUGCCCUCGUGAGUUGAGUACACGGGUUUACAAAGUAUUGAAAAUAUACGAAGAGGAUGAUUGUAAUGAUCCCAAAAUGCAUUUACGUACUAUAAAAGAGGCUUUGGAACGCGCUCGUCGCAAAGAUUUACGUCGUAAAAUCGAUGAUAUCAUAUCUCACUGAUAUUCGUGAUAUUUUGAAGAGCAUUUAUUUGUAUUUAACCGUUAAAGUGAUCAACGUAAAUAAAAUGUACUGCGGCGAAAACGUUAAAUAUUUGUGGGCUUACAUAAAAUAGGGCGA